GCGAAACAGCAUAUCAGAAAUAACAGUACACGCAGUCUGCUCUCUAACAUUACAGCUACAACAACAUUGCAACAACAGCCUCCCGAUAUACCAGUCGUCUCCUUACAGUAACAGACACGGGCCGCGCCGAGACGGGAUCGACAUUGGCCGCCGAUCGGCCGCGACAGGCGCGAAACAGCGAGGAUCGCUGGAUAGAUAGGUAGACAGAUAGAUAGAUACGUGCGACGAUUAGUACGACCAAUCGAUAACGGAGCAUAUCACGAGGAAACCGGUCGGUCGACAGAGGCGGGGGUGUUCUCGAUAUCGUGUAAUCCAACGGGGGGAGAAAUUCAAUGGCCCGCUCGGGGGGUUCGAACGAUUAAUUGCAUUGUCCGUUGUAACAAUUGAUUUAUCGUUCGUUCGACUUCGGGACACCCGGCUUGGUCCUCCGAGACGGACACGGAACCUCGAAUCGGGUCCAAUCGGUAGAUUAGAGAAACGCGCGCGGCGCACGUUGGGCGUUUGCGAUCGAGCGGGGGAGCCAGUCGUCGAUCCUGGAUCGGGCCAGCGCGCCCGUGGACGCGCGCCGGGCUGAAUACUCGCCCGGCGCUCAGCGAGCAAAGCAAAAAGCAAAAUAACCGACAGCAACAUAUAUAUUAUAUAUAUAUAUAUAUAUAUACACACUACAACAGGCAACAAUAGACAUUUCUCUCAGCAUCAGGGCACGCGGCAGCGAUCGCGUGGCGUCCGCGGCCACGAUCGCCCCCGUGGCGAUGUCGCGGCGCCCGCAACGAUCGUCCCGCGGCACAGAGCAAACAAAAUAGGAAAACAAAAAAAAAACCAGGUAACAGGAUUACUAAAAAAUCUCUCUACGUCAUAUACAUGUAUCCAGCAGUGAUUCACGCUAAAUGCAGAUGCCACGAAGAGCAAUGCAAAAAAAAAAAACCACAAGGAUCGUCCCGGCCUCGAAGUCGCGAUCGGCGGUUUGGACUCGCGAUCGGCGAUCUCGCGAACGCGGAAACGUCGCGAAACAAUCCCCCGAACGGACGCUCGCUCAAGGGUGGGCGGUCGCGCGGCAGGGACAAGAUGGGGGACGUCGGGAUCUCCCUGUCGAUCGCGGCGUCGCGAGGCCGGACGAAGUUUCCCACAAAUCAAAACCCGCAGUCAGAUGCAGAAUAUAAAUAAGUGCAGAGGAAACAAACUACUAUAGUAUAAACACAAAAAGGUAUAUUAUAUAUAAAAUAUAUUAAUUAUUAUUAUUAUGAUUCUUAUGAUUAUUAUUAUUAUUAAACGAUACAUAAAACAAUAUUAUUAAUAACACCGAAAAAAAAAAAUACUAUAUUACUACUAUUAUUAAUUAUUAUGAUUCUUAUUAUAAAUUUAAUGAAGACAAAAUAACAUUCCAACCGUCAAUGUGCCACACGACUUUUUAUAUGCUCUUAAGGAAAACUAAAAAAGAUGCUAACACGAAAUUAGGGGUACGCGAGGUUAAACGGUACCAGGGUGAUCGUCGUAAAGCAGCUGGAAGAAGCUCGAAGCGGAAUGCGUGAGAUAUUCGCGUAAGGGUUGAUACGAUAGGGUUCUACGUCGGAAAAGGCUCGACGGGAAAAUGAGGGAAUGCUAAUUUUAACGGGAAACGGGCGCCCUUCGCAUGAGAGUGCCUGUACGUAUUUGUACACAUAAACAUAUAUGUAUGCACGAGAGUUUCGUUGCUCACUUUGCAAUUUGAAAUCUUUAUGUCGAAAGUUCUGUUCGCAGAACAAUUCUAUGCUAUUAUUAUGUUUUUGUUUUAUGUAAAAAAAUAUUUUUAUUUAAUAUUUCCAAAAUAAGACACAAGAAUAACUGAGACUAAUACCAUUUAUCGGAGACAAAAAUUUAAAAAAAGAAAAGGACAUUUUUGAUGUGUUCCAAUGAUACGGUUUGUAAAUAACAUGUCGCGUGUAAUUCGGUAUCAAUAUAAAAAAGCUAAAAUUUUUAAAAUGAUACUGCGAUGAAUGUAAUACGACAAUUUAAUUAACUGACUGAGCUGCUACAUUUGGCAGUCGAGUAAGCUGAAUAAAAGUGACGCAAAAAUGUCCAUUAAAUUAAAACGAAAAAAAAAAAGCUUUGGAGACGCGCCAGAAAUAUUUCCAAGUUGAAAAAAAGAUUCUUAUUAAACCAAUAUUUUUGUCCCUCGCAACUUGGUUAUAAUGUACGGCAUUCGAUUGGGUCAUUCUUCGACGAAAACUUAAUAACAGAGCGUUUUAUCCAGAAUAUUAUAUUCUUUGCUCUCCUCACUCAUUCUACGUUUCGUUGUCGUAAUGACGUCUCUUGAUCGCGCGAUUUAGCAUAUUUCUAGGGAGGAGGGUGAGGGAGAUUUGAAGACAGCGGACGGAAUCGAUUGUUCCCUGAUCUGUUGCAAUCGAGAAAAGAGCAAUGCCGCGCUGGUGUUAUCCACCCGCGAUCGAUGGUUAGGCUAUGCCGACGUAUAAGGAAACGCGUUCGUCGAUCGGCGAUUAUCCGAAGCAUGCGUACGAGUAAUUAGGAUAAUUUUCAUUACGAUUGUAUAAUUAAGUACACGUAGGCGUAAGCAUAUUCAUCGGUUCAUUGAUUGCCGCGCAUUAAUUGCCGUCGCGAUAGCGAUUAGCGCCGCGCGGGAGUGAUUACCAUCGUUAUUAUCAUUAUCAUUGUCGUUAUUAUCACUGAUUAUUGUUGUGAAGGCGAGGAUGAGGGAUUUGAUGCGGACGAUGUGCGUAAGUGCGCGAGUGUACGGCCCGGAAGUCCGUGCCCGUGCGAAGCAUGGAUAAGCCAACCACAUGCGAGCGUGAGGCACACACAUGCGUACGCCCAUACAUUCUCGUACACGUAUGUAUGACGGACGCAACCCGUUGAACUAUAAUAUUUGAAUAAAUAUAUAAAUAUAUUGAAAAGUAUCGCGCGAUUUAAAGAUAAAAGAUAUGAAUUAAUGCUGUAUACAUAUACAUGUGCGCAGGUAUAUCAUGUUGAAACGAUCGUAUGGGAUUAUAUGCAAAAUCGACAGGGAUAUGUACAAAUGCGGACGCGUUCGCGCAGAGAUUCGCGGACGGUUUGCCGGAUCGCGUGCGUCAAAUGCAAAACCAACAGAUAACGUACAUACGACUUACUUAUUACGACAUACAUAUGUAUGCAUGCAUAUCACACCGAUGUGUGUGUGUGUGUGUGUGUGUAUGCGCGUCGAUCGAACGUUCCCCCCUGACAACGACGGUUGACCGACAUCACCAUUACCACCCUCAACUUUAUCAUCCUCAUCAUCGCCAUCACUAUCAUCAUCGUCAUCAUCGUUAUGUAUUAUUACUGUCAUUAAAUAUCCGUACAGAAUCGUGACGAUCGAUAUCCGCUUUUGCUCGCGCGUCUCUGAGAGCGAGAGAGAGAGAGGGAUCCUCUUUUCGUAAUCUUAAUUAAUAAUCGAUUCAUGAAGACCCCGACAGGUCAUUUUGUCUCAAAACCGCCGGAUGGAAAACGUGCUCUUACACAUCAUAAAAUUUUUCAUCGAGUUUUGCAUCAGUUAAGAAAAGCACUCUGAAAAGAAAAUGCAAUUCUAAAAAUUUAGCUUUUCUCUGCUUUUUUUUGCAGUGAAUAAUAGAGUAAUACGUCACUGUUCCGAAUUUUCUGGCUCGAUAUUGAUUGUGCAAUUUGUUGUUUCUUUCUUUUCUCUCGUCGUCGGGUUCGGCUCUUGUGCCGAAGCGAUGAAGAUAUCAUCGUUCCACUAAAGCGGUCGUUUACGCGAGCAUUGGCGCGAUGCGGUGAUCUCUUGCACUUAAAAAGAUCUAUUUUUGAACUCUCUUAUUGAUCUAUUUGGAUUAAAAAAAAACUGUAUGAAUUGAAAGAACGGAAACGGUUAUCGAAUAUAGUAACUUUUAAACAUCUUUCACAUACAUGAUUUGAUAUAAAUCAUGAGAGUGAAUAACCAAUGAUGAUGGGAUACGACGUAUGCGACACACAUGUAUAUGUAUUACAGACAUUGAGAAGUUAAACACUCAUUUUUACAACUUUAUUUUGCCAGAAUUCCAAGAAAUCGCCAAGAUUUUAGUGUCUAUCAUAAUUCUUCACGCACGAUGUGGUAUUUUGUCAGCAGCAACAAUCAAAAGCACAUGUGUUCAUAAACGCGUAGCGGCCACGUGGCCUUAAUCGAGAAUCAAGAGACCAAAUGAUGCGAAACGGAAAGGUACGAGUGAGCAGAGAAAGAGAGAGAGAGAAAGAGAGAGAGAGAAGAUGAGGAAGAGAUCGGUUAUUUACAUUUCGAUAUUUCCCCAACGCGUUUCACGAUCUACGUAAAUGUCCUCAUGAAUUCUCGGAGAGAUCAAUUUUCGUUCGAGCGGCUGUCGAUCUCCCGUCGUUCUCGGGACUUUUAUCAUUCCACGAUCAUUCCACGAGCGUUCCUCAAUCCGUACUCUUCAGCAACUCGCUCCCGCGCGGGUCGUGAUCACCGGAAGGUCGACGGCUCGAAUCGCGUGCGCGAUUGUGCAGAGAAGACUACUACGUAAAUUCAUUCCAGCGGAGAUAUAGACUGCGAAUUUUCCGAAGCAUCGACUUUUUUUCACCCCUUUUCCCGUCGGCUCGAUAUACAUAAAAAAAAAACAAAAAAACACAGACUGUCGUAAUCGUCGCGUUUUCCCGUUUUCCGUCGUAACGUCGUCGGCGUGCAAACCAGCCGCAAUUAGAGCGACGUUGUUCGCGUGUACGGGAUCCCAACGCGUCGAGUGACAGCCUGCGGUCUCGCGCCGAUUUCGCGCGAAAGUACUUUCGUUCCCCGGUUUUACACGCACCGUUCCUCUUUUGCGAGACAACAAAUUUCCUGGCAGGUGCGCGGAAGGCGCGCGUUUGUGUCCACCUUGCGCGACAAUGCGGCGUGAGGCACCGUGUGAGGACGCGUGUCCCUUCCACGAGAUGUUGGAGGACGUUAUUGGGAAGGAAAUGGGAAGGGACGUACGAGCGAGGUCCCACAGCUCUCGUGGCGGCGAACGCGAAUGGCGCCCGUCGGUUCCGUUGAAAGUCAGGAUCGGCGGGAAACAAGUUAAUCCCGCGGGAAGCACAAAUUUCCGGGACAGGUAUAUUUACGGCGGCGGAACUAACUCUUUCUCUCUCCCUCUGACGUUAGUCAAAUCGCGGAAUGCCCCCAAAAGACGUGGGGAGGAUCAGGGUCGGCUCUGUGACGUCUUUUAGCUAACGGAUCCAAGCUGCUUUACGACGAUGCGGUCCGACGUUAAAUAAAUCGUAAUUCUAAUUUGGUUGUAUAUAGAUUGCGCGAAUCAUAUUUGUACAUACCGCGUAGACGUAAUAUACGUUUUUCUGUAAAUUGAGAACACGUUUUAAAUAUCUCCGGUCGAUCGGACCGAUUCUUCUUCAUAGGCAAGGACACGCUUAGAAAUCCGUUUUAAUCAGCCACACGACCCUACGUUAAAUACUCAUCGAUGACGAUCGUAUGAUUAUCUAUUCGCGAAAGUGUGUUAACGGACACUUCGCCGACGCGGCCGUCGUGUACGAUCGGCGUAUCGAAACCUCGAUCUCGAUGCAUUAUCGACUACACAUUAUCGUCAUUGUAUUAUCCAGAGAAACGCGUACGUUAGAUUUAUAUAUAUAAUAACCACGCACUCGCGUAAGGCGAUUUGCUAAAUUUCUUCUGCAGUCCGCAGCCACUAAAUGUCAACGUGCUCAUUAAACAUCGAAAUGCCGAUCGUACAAUCGGUAGCCGCCAUUGUACAUUAUCCAUUGUUUUGCUCCUCAAACGAAUCCAUGUAACACGAUAGAUGUUUUGAAGGCACAACAAUCGUCCGGAUCUUCGAAAUGUCGUCGGUCGCGUUAGCGAUAACAUCUUUAUGCGACUUACAGAUCGAUAUUAAUUAAACGCAGAAAAGGUCGGUCAACAUUAAUUCUCUCAAUUACAACACGCCGAUCGAAUCAUACUUAUUGCUCUUCCCUUCGUUUCAAGCGCGCCUUUCGGUUCAGAAGGGGCGGAAGAAUACAAUCUUAGGAUCGAUCGCGCGCGAUAGCCGCUAACGCGGUCGACGACCUUCCGACGAUUCGGCACACCAUUACAGGGCACCCCCCCAUUAAACAGGGCGUUAAUUAAUCCCCAGCUAAUCAAGCAUCAGAGCCAGUCUUAUCGCGUAUAGGGGAAAAAAAAAAAACCACCGCGGGCGCUAUCGAGCGCGCGCCUUUCGGGCGCCGUCGUUUUUAUCGUUGUAUCCAGCACGGCGGAAGCUUGUUUCUUAAGCGAAGUACUCCCCUCAAACCCCAUUCAACCCCUCAGCCCUCUCGAUUCUCAAUCCCUCAUGGGAGGACCCGGGUUCUCUACAACGGUGGCAGUAGUGAGCGGGUCAGUUACAGCCCGCCGACGUAACGUUUAACAACGCGUCUUUUUUUGUACCUUACUUCUUUGUUCUCGUGUCCCUUCGUGAUCGUUCGUCAAGUACAACAACAACAACAACAACAACAACACAACAACAGCGCAGGCGGGAUAAUAAAGCGUAUCCCGCAGCGCUCAAUCGCGUACCUUCGUACCUUCUCGAUCGAGCGUCCGGAUGCUCGAUUGACCUUUACGCUCUACCCUCGAUUUCUCCGCCUUACCCCUCCCAAUCCCUCCUCCCCCUCCCCCGGACACUCUCGUCCCGGAUUUUCUCCCUCUUUUGAUUUAAACGAUGUAUCUUCUAGUUAUUAAGGUAAGUCCCCGAGCUAAGUCCGAGGCGUAUCGAGGAUCGAACAUUUCCCUCGCGACUCGAGAUAAAUUGUUGUAAUGUUAUUGGCACGCAUGCAUAAAAAGGAAGUUCUAAUACAGCGUGAAAAAGAAAAAGAAUAGAAAAUAGAACUUCUUAACGGUGAAUACAAAUACGACAAAAGUCAAUUUGACCGUCGGCUUUCAAUCGUCAGAUUAUUAACGUGUAAGUGUCUAUUUAUAAGCGUUUUACUUUGAGAGCUGCAAUCUUAUUGACGUAAAUUGGCGCCGCUGUGAUAAUUGUUGUCUUAAAUGUAAAUUAGCUCAAUGUGGCACGCGAAUUCGGUGUAACGGAGCCGUCGAAAUGCCAAAUGAUCGUCGAGGGAUCGCUUUUACAGCCAACGUAAGACGAAAGCGAUCGACGACGACCAGCGUGUGCGAGCAAGUUAUACAAAAUUUAGACGAUACGGUCGCGAAAAAAAUUGCUAAACCGUAUUGCUAAAUCGGAAUUAAAAUAAAAGAAAGAUUCGAUUAUGUCGCGCUAAGAAGAGCGACGGCAGUGAUCGAUCGGAAUGAGAGAAUCGAGAGAUCUCGAUCCGACGAUGCGCCUCGAUCCAACCCACCACUCCUGUCUAGACGUAAACACUUUCCCGUAAGCUUGAAAAGAAAAAUCGUACGUAAAACAACAUGACCAUAUACACAUCUCCUUGCAUACACACACACACACACACACACACACACAUACACACACACAUACAUUCACAUCGCGAACACGCGGGUAUACACACGCAUAUACGUUCGUAACGAAGUAUACAGUCUUAGUGCAGCGUUUCAUAUAGUUAGAUAGAGGCGGCGAGAGAAUAUUUUUUAUAUUCUACAUGGAUUUUACAGUUAUAUAUUAUCGUUUCGUACCGGAAGGGAGAAAUUUAAGGCGCGUCUAACGCGGUAUAUAGAUAUGCAUAUAUACUAUAUAUAUGAAGCCACACACAAUACAAACACACACACACACACAAAACACACAAUCUCUGAAAUACGUGUCGCCAUUUAUUGUUUAGAUCGCGAUUGUAUAUCGUUUUAUUAAUCAUUCUUACUGCGGUAGGCGCUGUCGUUUAUCGUGUAUACAUAUACAUACAUAUUAUACACACACUGCGCGUACACACCCAUAUAUACGUGAUACAUAGGUAUAUAUAUACAGUGUCAUUCGUGAUCUCGUCGAACGAUUAUAUUAUCUCAUCGCUCAACGACAGUGCGACAGGUUUAUCUAUAAGGGCACCCUCGAGGGUCGGUCGAUUAAAUGCAGUAUCGACAGCAAGAUGCACACAGGGGGUGCGUGCGUGGCGCGUCACCCGUGCACUCUCUGCACUUUCUCCUUCCGGCCCGAAAGCUUUUCCUUACUCCCGUUCCGUGAAAGACAGUGCACGCCGGAGGAAACACGGCGAGGAUCGAUCGCGAGACAUCGCAGGGCAUUCCGACACGCCUGUACAUAUAUACACAUAAAAAUACACACACACACACGUACACGUACGAGACAGCUAAACAACGUAUUUGCAAAUUAAUGUACUGAUCGUUUUUCGAUGGAACGAAGUAGUCACGAGCAGGGAUCGAAACCGGCAUUAUUUCGACAAAUGUAGGCAAUUUUUCUAUGCGAUAGACAGAAAAAUGUGUAUCUUACGCCGGUCGCACGAUUACAGCGAUUACCGUUCUUCGUCUUGUCUGUCGCAUGGCAAUUUGAACUUGUACAGGGAACCGUGCCGGUGCUCGAUCGCUGAUCGAUCGAGGAGUAGGAAAAGAAGGUACACACAUAAAACACGCGUAUAUGCGCCGGGCGAGAGCAAUUUCGGAACCGAGUUGACGUACACAAACGUAAUAUGAUGUAAUUAGCGUAUAUCGUUUUUAAAGUGUAUAAUUAGUAGUGUUAUUUUUCGUUAUGACUUUGUUUGAACGUUCGACACGCAGCGACGAUUCAUCGCGUUAAUCGCAUCGUCGGAGCAAUGGCGGGUUUAGCUCGUGUGACUUUAUAAUGUGGCUUUAAUUCGGUUAAUUUACCGAAAUUGCUUUUGAGAAAUUGAAAAUGUAAAAGAUUAAUAGUAAAUGGAUACAAUGUCGUAAUCACAAAAUUCCGUGAUAUAUUUACGUCACUGAGACGUAAUAUCUGGAGCGUUUCAAGUCUCCGAUCGAUCGUUUAGCUCAUUUAUCGCCAUUGCAUUGAAAGGACCAUCUCUUUUUUUGGGGGGGGGGGCAGAUUUACGUGCGACCUGACGAUGUUAAUUUGACGAUGAAUCGACGCCGGGCAGAGAAAACAGUGCGCAUUUCGUGCGACAAGAUGCGAUUGAGGAAGGACGUUCGCGGGGAGAAUUAGGCGAGUAAUAAUUGACGAGGCGUGGCGAAGUGGAAAUUCAUCGGCGGUCGUCUGCUACUAAUUGGACCGCGAUCAAUUUUGGAGAAGCGAGCCAAUCUGGCGCAGCGCGAUAAACCAAUUGAAGACCAAGGAUUGUUGAUACUGUUAAUUGUUAAUGCGGAACCGGAAUAUCCCGAUUUAAUCGGGAGGCAUUGUGUUAUCGGUUUCCGAAGAACGAAAACAAAAAGAGAGAAAUGUUUCUAUCGUUUCUAUUAAUAUACGCGAUUCGCUCUCGGGGAAAUAAACAGCAAUCGCGCGCGAUAUGGAAAUCUAUGAAAUAUUAUUAUCAUUCCGCUCGUAGUCAUCGUGACUGAUAUUAUUGGCUCGAUGUGAUCCUCGAGACUUUUAAACACGCAUGGUAAUUGAACACCACGUUUUCCAAUAUGGCUAUGAAAAAAAUUAUCUUGAAUUUCAGCUAUUGGAAGCUGGAGUCCAACGCAGUCUCAAUCUCUAUAUUAUUAUCGGAGAAUAUUAAAAUGCUAUCGAAGAUACAUUCCGAUCGAUUAUUACCCAAAAGCGUGGGCUUUAAUUAAAUUCUUUUUUACAUCUUUUAUAGUUACAUUUGGCAUGAAGAGAAAUGGAAAAAUACAAAAUCUCUUCUAAUCGUGUAAGCGAAUUUAACCUUAAAAAAAAAAGCGAACAUAUCGAUAAUUUUCCACUUCGUUGCGAAUGUUGUAUCAGAUAAAUAAUUUUUGCUGAUAAAGCUUUUUUACGUAGACGAGAAUUCGGUAUAAAAAUAGAAGCAAAAAUCUGUGGCAGUAUGCGAAAUUAUGACAAAACAAAUUUCAUGUGAGCCUUUCGAGCGUCUUUCGUGCGACGAAUAUAACAUUGUAUGAAAUGUAUGAAAUGUAUUCGCGAGAGCGGAGUUUGGACAGCGAACAUGAGAAUGAGAGCGAAAGAGGGAAGAAAGAGAGAAAGUGUGAAGAGAAUGAGCGAAAGGGAGCGCACGCGGUAGAUGAGAGCGAGGAAACAGAGAAAUCAAAGGGCAUUUUGUUGUGCGAUCUGUAAAUGAAUGCGAGAGUGAUGGAACGAUGCGUACGUGGUUCGUAGUUUUCGAACAUGUGAUACGUCAGCCGGCAAGCUCGAUUUCCGGCCAUCGACGAGGGGGGAGGAUUCGGUCGUCUUCCGGCAAAUCAAAAGGGGAUGCGAAGUCGGAAGUGUCGCCGGAGGUCGACGCUGGCUGGGUGGCGCACCUUUUGAAGGUUCUUUGAGGUAGGAACGCUCUUUUGUUGACGGUUGAUUGUUGUCAAAAUGGUUGUGAGGUAUAUUACUAUUUGAAGUAUGUUAACGAUACGAAAAAGUAAGGACGAUACGGGCCAAGCGGGAGACGCGGCGCGAUCCUGACGAACUCGAAGGGGAUUCCCAACGUUCGAGGCCGGAAGUCUCCCGGGAAGAGUUUCUUGCUCUUCAGCGAGGGAGAUCGGAAUCACAAAGAUUCGGGAGACGUCGUCGAAAAUCCAAUCCUUCCUGUUCGCUUCGCGCCGCCUCGCUCGCGAGAGCUCGGUGUCACGGGGAGACGAGAUGGAAAACGUGCGCUCAGCCGAUCCCGGGAUCACCCACCGAGGGGGGAAGGGGUGAAAUUAGUGGUAAAUGUGUAGCGUGUAUAAUGUGUACGCGACGCCGCGAAUGUAAAUUUGCUUUGAUGUUGUUAAUCAUUGCGUGUGAGUUCGUUACUAGUCCAUGGACGGCACGAUUGCUUUAUAAUUCCGCAACUGUAAUUGAUACGGUUGCAUCGAAAACCGGCUCCGCCGAGUCGAUUUCAUUCCGACCAAGUGUUGAGUUCUCAAAUUUUAUUUGGAGAGAUGAAAGAAGCCGUAAACAUCAUUGUUCAUGCGACAAAACGUUGAAUUAGACAAUACAAAAACAAUCGCUCGUAUCUUCUUAGAAAAGUUUUAACUGAUGCUAAUUUCAUCAUGAUUGUGUUAUUUAACCUCUUUCAAAUUGAGGCAAUUUUUAAUUAAUAUCGCCAAAUAUGUAUUGCACUUUUAGAACCCGAAGUCAAAUGAAUUUUAUAAUAGACAAAAUGUAACGUUUUAUUAAAACUUAUACGCUGUACGCGAUGUUUAUGUUAAUAUUGUCUUAGAUCUAGUGUACAAAAAAGUUUUUUUCAAAUAUAAAAUUAUAUUUAUGAAUUAUAUUUACAUAAGAAAUUUGUGAUUGCGAAAGAAGCGAUAAGAAAAAAAAUUAAAAAGUGCGAGCGACGAAGAUCAAAGAAAAAAGAAAUGCGUUUUCGCGCAGCGCGCGAUUUCCUAUAAAUUGUUAUUGUUAUUAUAAUUAUUACUAAUCACUUUUGCGUGAUUAGAACGAAUUAGAACGCCAAAGGAGGCCGAGCGCGCCUGAUCUAGCUAAUUAUUCUUGCGAGCGCACGUUUUCCUUGCGUAAAGAAAGACGAACGUGCCGUUUCGUCUCCGAAAAAAGAAGCGUACAACUGGCAUUACAUUACACGCGGAGUCUGGUUUGAGCGUGCGGCGCCGACGACGAGGAAUCGAUGACGAGGGGUCGCGACGUUCCGCGUCUGCUCGACCGGGCUCGGCGGAAGAAACAUGAGACUGAUAUAAACCAGUAUUUGUGCGAGAAAUUGUAAAUUACAAGAAAUUGCGUGGCGUAGCCUUAAUAAGAAAGAUUAAUUAGGUUUAUUCGGCGACCGGUGGCGUCGCUCCCACGAAAAAUCAUAUUCAAUUGGCUGUAUAAGCGGAAAAGGGGAUGAGUAAGGGGGGGGGGGUGGAAAGAAAUACCUCUCGUCGAGGGUUGACGCGUCGGGAGGAUCGAGGUGUACCGUAUCGAUCAUGACGUCGUCCGCCCUUGCACGGCGAUGUAUCUAGUGAGAGUAUAAUGUUAUUAGAUAAACUUAAGCGUACUUUAAAAGCGAAGUGCGGAAGAAGAACGGAACGCAAUGCCAGUUGUAAAACGGAAUGGGUUCGGGGAGGGAAAAAGGGGUGGGAGGGAGUAGUAACGCGAGAAGAACGUGUUCCGACGACGCGACACUUGUACCCAGUGAUAACAAAGGGGGAUAUUCGCGGGAGGGGAAAGAUAGGAUGAAAAGAAAGAUACGAGAAAACGGCACCGAAAUCGGGAAAGGGAGAGUGGAAAAGCGAAACGCUGGGUAAACAACAGUUAUGGGACACGAGAAAAGCGAUAUGUAUACAUAUAAUCGGAAUAUUCAUAUACAUAUAUAUACAUACGUACAUAUACACACACGCACGCACAAUAUAUGUGUGUGUGUGUGUGUUCUGUGUGUAUGUAUAUUUUAUUAAAUGGCGUGAAACGCGUAUUUAACUUUCGGUACGGGAUUUUCGUUCUUUCAUUUUUUCCCCUUUUAUAUGUUGUUUGUUUUUCGUUUGUCAUUCUUCGCGGUACCGUUUUUCGGGGACACCCUGUCAACGCGUUCCGCGAGAUACGAUUCGAGUGUACACACUCGCGCACACGCAAUGCUGUUCAUGUGUAUACGCGAUAGAUUAUUUCGGAAUACGGAUGCGGGGGACAAAAGGGAAAUAGAGAAACGACAGCUUUACCGAUAGCGGGACAGUAGUUAUUUGCAACACGUGCACACACACGUAUAACACACACGCAUACACAUGUAAAGCGAUCCAAGCGAUAUACACACAAAAAAAAUUGUAUGAAUAUAACGUUUGCAGUUAGGUGGGACCAAAAAACGACUUUAUAUCUCUAUGUGCAUAUCCAAGCAACGUGUAAUUUAAUUAAUGAAUUAAUUAAUUAUCCAUUAUUAAUGACUAGAUAAAGUAAAAGAUCCAUUGAUAGCAAUCGAGAACGAUGACGAAUGAUUAACGAGUAAUUAGCCUAUUAAGUUUGUUUAUUGAUACAUUAUUCUAUGAUAUAAUUAUUAUUAUUAUUAUUAUUAUUAUUAUUAUUAACUUUAUUGCCUUUAUUAUUAUUAUUUUAUUAUUACAUUGAUUAAAAUGACGAUGAUAAUAUUAUUUAAACAAUGUUUUAAGGCGAUUAUCUAGAUAUCGAGUAGAGAACAGUACGUAUCUAUAAUUAUUAAUUAUUUUUAAUUAUUAUAUUCUUAUUAUUAUUAUAUUAUUAUUAUGAGACAUUUUGUUGUAUUAUUUUCAAUAAAAUCGAUUGAAAAAUAUUCAGUUUACCAAUUGGUUAAUUCUUGCUUCUCCGCAUGUAUCGUGCAAUUGCAAAUGUUUCUAAUUUCUUUCUCGUUGUAGUAUUUGCGAACUUAAUAAUGUAAUUACGUUUAAUUUAAUAUUAAAGUCAAAAGUAAUUUAUAAGUAAACAAGAUAACGAAAAAAAAUUGAAACAUCUUAUUGCACGCGGAGAAGCAACGCCUUAUCCCAAAGUCCGUUGCGAUCUCAAAAGAACGUUGUUUGCUAUUGUGAAAGUUUUCUAAAAUUAAUAGAGGCUCUUCUGAAUGCAUUAACAAAGAUAAAAUAUUGCUAAGUUUUUUAUUGACUGCUAUAUUUUCUUUUUUUGAAAUUAAGGUGUUCUUAAAGUGUUCCAUAGAGAGUAACUGACUACACAUAAGAAACAUAAAUGACUGAAAAAGUAUAUUAAUGUUCGUAAUAAAUAAUAGCAGAAUAGAAGAAAUAAAGGCUUGCCUGGUGUAAUUGUAAUAAGAAACAUGCAUUUUAUAAAUUAAGAGGUACAAAUUGUAUAUUUUAAUUAAGAAAACUUUUUCAUGUAACGAUAUUUUAGAUUUUUUUAAGUAUCUUUAUAAUCAAUGUAUAUGUGUGUCCUUUAUUGCUUUUAUUUGUGUUGAAGUAACUUGCAAUAUUUUACAAGAAUAAAGAAUUUUGCAAGAUCUCUAAUUAUCUUAGGAAACUUGACACGCAGUGAACGAUAUGUUAUGAUAUUUGUGAUCGUAACUGCUAUGUACAUAUUCUUUUUGUUCCCUUAUUUUACUUUGAUUCAAGCGUUAAUUAAUUCCAUUAUUCCGCGUCUGUAUACGAUUAUCUCUUCGCUACCCUACGACCACCCAAUCCUUCAAAUCCCUCCUCUUCGUACCUCUCUAUCCCUCUUACUCUCACGUGUCUCCGGAUAAUUUCGUGACUCGGAAAGAACUCGGGGGGGAAGACAGAAUUAAGCUACCAAAAAGGUGAAAGAAACGGGGAAUGCGAGGUAAAACGAGGGUAGAAUGAAUCUAACAAAGAGAAAGUCAGAGAGCGUAUUAUUAUGGGACAAAAAGAAAUAGGAGAACCAAAUGAUGGAAGAGAAGAAGAAGCCACGGAACAAUAGACAAAUGAGAAAAAAAUAGUUGUAAAAGUCACACACGUGAAAACACGCGUACACAUACACACAUACACGUAAACACGAAAAGAAACACAAAUGUACUAAGUAAGUUCAUACUGCGUAUUGCCUUUCUGACUUCGGUGUGAAAAUAUAUAAAUAAAAAAAAAGUCAGUCGCGCCGGGGCACGCGUAUGUUCGCGCAUACAUAUUAUAUAUUAUAGUUAUUAGCGUUCGAGAGAGAUGAGGACUAACUGCUUCCGCUUCUUCCUGCUAGCCUACAUUGUACCUUCCUCUUUCCUUUACGUUCGCCUCUGCAAUUCGAUCCUUUCAUCGAGAACUCUUCAAUGGGUAAAAAAAAAAUAUUUUACAAGAGAAGAUCGGCGACUUCCGGCUUUAUGUUUGAUCGAAGUCGCUUUCCUUUCUCUUAUUUACGAGUUCUCUUAAGAUUCGUAUUAAAAAAAAAAAAAAAGAAACACGCUGUGUUUCCGGUUAAUUAAUCCUGCUUGUUCAUCCCGAGGCAGGCGGACGCGGAAGCAGCGGACGGCAGUAUCCGUCGCGAAAACUUUUUUCACGGUUCCGUAAGAAAAAGUCCCACGCCGAAGUCCGCGCGUCCCCGCCGACUGUGUCUGUUUCAUGUUUUUCAAUAUUUGUAAUUUAUCGAUAAAAUUAUAAAAGGUAUCGAUACAUAACAGUCUAAAGUGUGCGCUACUCUACAUAAUAAUAUUAUAUAUAAAAAGUAUAAAAGUAUACAUUAUAUAUAUAUUAUAUAUAUAUACAUAUAUAUUAUAUAUGAAAAGUAUAAUAUAUAUAUAUUAUACAUACAUUGGGAUUGGUGAGAAUAUACGGUUUUUUCGCUUUGGAGUGUUAUUUUCUGAAAAUAUUGAACAAAAUAUGGAAAAAAAAUUAAUAAAACCAAUGAGUAAAAACAAAAUGUGAUUUUUUUAAUUCUCACCCGAUGUACGACACGUCGUCAGCGACAGGCAAUUCUCUGUUGGAUUUUGCGAUUGCAUUCAUAUCGCGUGAGCACACAAGUGCGAAUAUCUGAUGCAAAUAAUUUAUAUGACGCGAAACAUUUUACUUUUAAUUCAUUACAUAUGAAAUCGUCUGGCAUAUUAGAUUCUGAAAAUGAUUCAUCAUUCGAAGGAGAGCACAAUGAAUUCGUUAACAAGAAUAACGAGAUGUUCGAAAAGGUUAUAUAUAUGCCGACUCUUCCGAGCACUUUUAACAGUCUCGUUGAAAAGACAGUGAAGAUUGAAACGGAAGAACCGCAAUAUGUUAUUGAAUUGCUAGGUGAUCUUUUGGGAGUUAAAGACUACAAGACCAAUAAAGCUGCUUUCUGGUUUUUGGACAUCUUAGCUCUUCAAAUUCUACGUUAUAAAAAUUGUCUAGAUGAUUAUUACAAAAGUGUAUUAAUUAGCUGGCUGGUUGGAGAAAUGAAAUUAAUUCGAGAUAGAAAACUACUUCGCAAAGACUUUUUUAAGGAAAUGAGAAUAUUAUUUCUUUACGUUACUGAAAAAUUAUCUAGUGACGAUCGGUUACUGCACUGGGAAUUGCUUAUGGAUGAAUAUUCUAAAAUUAUGUCAAAAAAUUCUAUCAUCUAUUCAUCUGCCAACAGUAAAGCGGAUUUAAUUAUGGAUAAAUUAUUUGAAAAGGAAUUAGUUACAGAAAAUGAAGAUACGUCUCCAGAAAAUAAAAUUUCCUUUAUCGGAAGAGAAUUGAAAAAUCGUAAUGGUAAGAACAGUAUAAGAAAUAAUUUGCAGGAGAAGUCACCGAAAACUUCAUUAAUUACAGAAAAUUCGCGAACAGAUAUAUUGACAAAAGCAAACGCGACUGUUGAAGCUUCUAGUUUAACAAAUCCAAGCGAUGUCCUCGAUGUAAUCGUUGAAGCAACAUACAAUAUGUAUGCUAAUGAACUGCGAUAUGACCUUAUAUAUGCAGUUUUCGUAAAACCGAUACAGAUGCAAAUCUUUCAUAAGCCUCAUGCUUUUCGAAUACCACGUCGAAUUAAACCCGCGGAUCCUAAAGGAUCAUUUGACAUGCAACUUCGUGAACGAUUGGUAAAGGUUGCUAGUGAAACAAUAAUUAAUAAUGGCAAAAAAAUUAAAGGAAAGAAAAUAACAGAUGAUACGAAAAAAGAGCAAAUGCUUAAAGACAUAGAUAUUCCUCCGACUCCACCACCUUCGUUAACCGAAGAAGAAACGUUGGCCUAUAAUCGUCAAUUUAUUCUACCACUCAUAGAAGCAAACGAAGCGGCACAGAUUUUUGAAAUGCACGCAGAGAAUAUGUGAUAUGAUAAACACAACCACAAAAUUGAAAGUUU